AUAAGUGGGUUUGAGGGGCUGGGUUUUCUGGGUUUAUAGAUUGGGGUUGGUGAGCGUUGGGGAUAUAUACAUAUCUGGGUUUGUUCUUCUUCUUCGCUUUUUCAAAGGUCCGAAUGGAGAUGGUGUAUUUCCCAUCCUACCAUUAUUCGAAGUUUGGAGCUCUGUACACCCAGGUACACAAGCAAGUCUAUCUAAACUCCUUCACCAACUCCUCACAAACACCCCAAACCCUCUCUCCCGUCCCCCUCUCCUUCUCAAGGUUCAAGUCAGACCAGUACACGCUGUCUGGAAGCGGCGUGGCGCGGUGUCUAGAAGAGGAAGCCAUCAGCGGCGGGUUCUAUGUUCGAAAGGUCGGGGAAAUCCAUCACGAUGUAGAAGACGGUUCCUCCACCUUUGGAGGAAGAGGAAGAAAAAGAGAGGGAUCGGGAAGGGUGAGGGUAGGAUUCUUGGAUGGAGGUGACGGCAGAUUCGGCGGAAGAGAUGGAUUACGAGGUUGUGUAGGCGUGAGCGUUGAGGCGGUAGAGCGCUGUGCAGUUGAGAGGCAGAUGCCGGCUAAGUCUGACACCAGAAAAUAGUAAAUAUCGCGGUAUUGAUUGAGUCCACUAUCUUAAAUCUAGUAUAACUCUGGCAAAAAUUAAGCUUGAAAAUGAACGAAGAGCUUGAAC